AUGGAACGCGAGGAGACAGGCGAGGCAUCUACUACGAAAGAAGCCAAAACGGACCUUCUUAAAAGUUUAGUAGAUGCAGCAAGGAGAGUUGACGUUCGUUCACUCUUGCUUCAUGUGAACGUCUUCCUGCUGCAGCAGCAGCGCCAGCUGCAGCCGCCGUACUUUAUGCCCGCAUCCCCAGAGGAGGAUAAGCUGCAGUUGCAACUGCUGCAAUGCCGUCAAACACUGCUGCAGCUGCUAAAGCACAGCGCAGCAACAGCAGCAGCGGGCGCUGCUGUUGCUGCAGCGAUCCCUGGCAGAAGCUACCACGAGAGGGACACGCGGCCGCUCAUAUUCAACCAAUCCACAGCAGAGACUUGGAACGAUUUGUUGCAGGACCUCCGGAAAAUUGUAUCUCUGCUCAAGGAACCGCUGCAAUCUCGGCAACCCACCCUAUCGGCAACUGCAGCCGCAGCCGUAGAGGAGCUGUUGGACGACAUCGAUGCCGCCCUGAGCUGCAGUCGAAGCCGGAAAAGGGAAUGUAGAAGGCAACUUCAAGAAUGGCAACAGCAAAAAGGCGGGAAGGGUCCACAAGCAUAUCAGAUUUGGUCGCAGCACCAACGCAUGCAGCAGCAACAACAGAGGCAACAGGUGCACCUCGUGCAAAAUGAAGUUAGAGCCUUAAAAAACCGACUUAAAGAAUUGAGACACCCCAAAGGUAUCGAAUCGAAGAGAAGUGGGGAAGCGCCCCUCCAAGGCAACGCAGCAAUGAACACAGCGGGAGCAGUGACAGCAGCAAACAAGCAUACCGCCAACGCAAUCCACCACCAACGAAGCACUGAGGAGUCAUACUCCUCCAGCGACGGUAGCAGCCUCAGCAGCAGUAGCGGCAGUUCCAGUGACAGCAGCAGCAGCGAUAGCAAACAUAGUAGCAAAAGUAGCAACGGCAGCAAAGCCAGCCCAAGGAGCGACGAGAGCAGCAGAAACAGUAGUAGUAGCGACAGUAGCAAGCGCAGCAGCUCAAGCAGCAGCAAGGAGAGUAGUGGCAGAAGCAGUAAAAGCAGUAGCAGCAGCAGUGGUAGCGACAGCGACAGCCACGCAGCAGUUGAGCCUGUCCGUGCCAUUUCAGGGGCAGCCAAAGUAGCUGGGGCACCGGCAACACCUGGUACCCCCGUGCCUCGAACAGCGCGCGCAGAGGGCAAACAGAAACGGCUGCUCGGCAAUGGCUAG